AUGUUUAUUAAAGUUCGCUAUAGCGAUAGCAAAGAAGUAAUCGUUAAUCCUAAUUGCCGUGUCUUUGUAUUACUUGAAAGUUUAAAGAAGACUUGUUCACUAGAAAGUGAUGUUACCGUCGAUUUAUCUGACGAAGAGGGCAACGUAAAAUUUUUAAGCGAUUCUUUGAAUAGCUAUGCUAAUGAACAUCUGAAUGAGCGAAGCAGCUACAUCUUAAUCAGAGUUCAGAAAUCAUCUAAUGAUACCAAAAAUUACGUUCCCUUGCUUAUCGAUGAUGAAGUAAUCAAUGAAGAAUUCCUAGCACGCUUGCAACCUAAAAUUACCAUCGAGGAAUCAGCUAGUAUGCAGAGUCUUACGACUAAGGCAUUAGCCCCUCAAGCUCGACGAACUAGUUGGUUUGUCGGAAAGAAAUCACGUAAUGGGUCAAAUAAGACGAAAUCGAUCAAUGAAGCAAAAUUGAAAACUGGCCAGGACAAAAGUACCACAGAAAAAAGAUCGACAUCACAAAUUGGUAGGAAAAUUAAAUCUCCAUCAAGAGAAUUUAAGGCAGUCCUGAGGCCAUCUACCAUCGUCAAUGUCAUGUUUAAAUUUCAUUUUUGGCAAUCGAACCCAUUUAAUCGUGGGUCAUAA